AAUACACGGUAAUUACCAAUGGAUAAACUAAUAUUAGGCACAUCGUAGUGAUUUCGUGAGGUUUUUAUUUUGAAAGGUGUCUUCCUGCUAGUCAACAACAGCUGCUUCAUGGCGAAGUACAAGUCGAUAAAGUAACGUUAGUUUGGCGAUGUGACAUGUCUGUCAGCUAGUCAGUGGAGGCUUUAAAAGUUGUUUACGUAUAUGCUGUCCGCAGCUCGUCCAUGGUAUUGCUGUGAGGAGAGUUGCAGUCUCUUAAAAGGACCACCAUGGCGAUGUGGAUCCAGGCCCAGCAGCUGCAGGGUGAAGCGCUGCACCAGAUGCAGGCGCUGUACGGCCAGCACUUCCCCAUCGAGGGAUUCAGUGGAGCUGGACAACCCAGCUGAGGAGACCAAAGCCAAGCGUCUGCUGGACAACCUGGUGGCAGAGCUGCAGAGGAAAGCCCAGCUUCAGGGAGGGGAAGAUGGUUUUCUGCUCAAGAUCAAGCUAGGCCACUACGCCAGCCAGCUCAAGAGCACAUAUGACCGCUGUCCUUUGGAGCUGGUGCGUUGCAUUAAACACAUCCUGCACUCAGAGCAGAGGCUGGUUCAAGAAGCUACAAAUGCCAGCUGUGGGAGUGGAGGACAGGCCAUGGACACCCUUUCCCAGCGGCAUCAGCAGAUCAAUCAGGCCUUUGAGGAGCUUCGUCUGGCCACACAAGAAACUGAGAAUGAACUGAGAAAGCUGCAGCACAGCCAGGAGUACUUCAUCAUCCAGUACCAGGAGAACCUUCGCAUACAGGCCCAGCUGAGCAGCUUGUCUUCACUGCCUCCAGCUGAGCGAACCCAGCGGGAGACCACCCUACAGAGCAAACGAGCCACUGUGGAGGCCUGGCUCACUAGAGAGGCCAGCACACUACAGAAGUACAGGCUUAAUUUGUCUGAACAGCACCAGAAGACUCUGGGCCUGCUGAGGAAGCAGCAGACUCUGAUCCUGGAUGAGGAGCUCAUUCAGUGGAAGAGGAGGCAGCAGCUGGCUGGCAAUGGAGGUCCUCAUGAGGGAGGACUGGAUGUUCUCCAGUCCUGGUGUGAGAAGCUGGCCGACCUUAUCUGGCAGAACCGACAGCAGAUCCGGCGCUGUGAACAUCUCACCCAGCAGCUUCCUCUGCCAGGUCCAAUGGAAGAGCUGCUUAGCAAACUCAAUUCUGACAUUACUGAUAUCAUCUCUGCUCUGGUUACCAGUACCUUCAUCAUUGAAAAGCAGCCACCCCAGGUGUUAAAGACCCAGACCAAGUUUGCAGCCACAGUCCGUCUUCUGGUUGGUGGGAAGCUCAACGUCCACAUGAACCCACCUCAGGUCAAAGCUGUCAUUGUCAGCGAGCAGCAAGCCAAGGCUUUGCUGAAGAAUGAGAGUACGCACAGUGAAAGCAGUGGGGAAAUCCUCAACAACAACUGUGUGAUGGAGUAUCACCAAGCCACUGGCACUCUCAGUGCACACUUCAGGAACAUGUCACUGAAGCGGAUCAAGCGUUCGGACCGUCGAGGUGCAGAGUCAGUGACAGAGGAGAAGUUCACAGUCCUGUUUGAAUCACAGUUCAGUGUUGGGGGCAACGAGCUCGUCUUCCAUGUCAAAACCUUAUCCCUGCCUGUGGUAGUGAUCGUUCAUGGCAGUCAGGACAAUAAUGCUACAGCAACAGUCCUCUGGGACAAUGCCUUUGCUGAGCCGGGCAGAGUGCCAUUCAUCGUGCCAGACAAGGUGCUGUGGCCUCAGCUGUGCGAGGCCCUCGAUAUGAAGUACAAGGCGGAGAUGCACAGUGGGCGUGGCCUGUCAGAGGAUAACCUGGUCUUUCUGGCGCAGAAAGCUUUUACAAGCAGCAGCAAUAACCCAGAAGACUACCACAACAUGACUAUGUCCUGGGCCCAGUUCAACCGGGAGAGCUUACCUGGACGCAACUUCACCUUCUGGCAGUGGUUUGAUGGAGUUGUAGAGCUCAUGAAGAAACAUCUCAAGCCUCACUGGAAUGAUGGGGCCAUUCUGGGUUUUGUGAACAAGCAGCAGGCGCAGGACAUGCUGCUGUCCAAACCAAAUGGCACGUUCCUGCUGCGAUUUAGCGACUCUGAGAUUGGAGGCAUCACCAUUGCGUGGGUGGCCGAAAAUCCCAACAAACCAGGCGAGAGGCUGGUCUGGAAUCUGUUGCCUUACACAACCAAGGAUUUCUCCAUUCGCUCCCUGGCUGACCGCAUCAGUGACUUGAACCAUCUCCUGUUUCUCUAUCCAGACCGGCCCAAAGACGAGGUCUUUGCCAAGUACUACACCCCUCCACUUUCAAAAGCAGUGGACGGAUAUGUAAAGCCACAGAUCAAACAAGUUGUGCCAGAAUUCACCACCCCAAACCCUGAACCCAGCGGAGGAGCAUCUACAUUCAUGGACCAGACAGCUUCUCCAUCUGUGAGCCAUCCCAACAACUUUAGUGUCUACCCAACCAUAAGUGACGCCAUGUUGGAUCCAGAUGGGGACUUUGACCUGGAGGACACAAUGGACGUAGCUCGUCACGUGGAGGAGCUCCUUCGCCGGCCUCUGGCCAACCAGUGGAGUAGCCAGCAGUCCUGAACCACAAACCUAAAGCUGCUGUACAGUUUCAGGUCUUGUACAUCUUGAAAUACACAAACCUGUAACUCCUACUGGAGUGCAACUUCAGCAUGUCAGCCACUCUGGUAGACCUGCAUCAUUUCACUAUUAAGGUCCUGCUUUGGCUGCCUACAGGAAAAGAAUACGUCCAGUUAUUAAAAAAAGAAAGUCACCUUAAUGUCUCUUAAAAAACUAAACCUUCCAUUAGGAGUCAGUGUUACUGGUAUUUAGCAUGAGCUUGAUGUCCUCUCCCACUUACCGUAGUUUCUCAGGGUUGUUGUCUGGAAGUGGUUUAGUUCAGUACAACUUUUAUACCAAGUUCAGAAAUACAGUUAAUUUUAAUGGAAACUUUGCUUAUGUGCCUAUUGAGCCUUUUAGACACCAGGAGACUUUUACAGAAAAAUUCACAGAAGACAAACUACCUUCCCUUUACAUUAUUUAAUUUGUAUUUAUUUUUUUAGCCUCCACACAAUUGACAUUAGUGCUGGCACAAAAACAGACAAUAUUUUUUUUUUAUUUGUAGAAAAUCUAGAAAUUUGUUGUAUCAGAUUAAGACCAAAAAAAGUGAGAAUUUGUAUCAUUUGCCUAACAUUAGCCACUGUGAAUAUGAAUAGUUUUAACAGAAUGAUGACAGUCAUCAUUCAGAAUUUUCCUUUAAUUCUCAGGAUUGUUUUGAACCAGGAACUUUUAAGGAUGUUCUCGUCUGACUGACAGUCAGUGGAAGAGAACAAAAAGCAAGAAACAACCAACAUGACUUAGUGAGGUACAUCAGAACUGUUGCUUUAUGAUUAGCUUAGCUGUUGUUUAAGCUUUAACACAGGAUUAAGCCUCUCCUGAGGCUCAAGUUUCAACUCAGCUGCUGCGUCCUGUAGAAAUCACCAAAUGCCAGUGGAGCUCACUGAGCUUGUCCUCACCACUGCUGCAUUCCUAGGUUACCUCACAUCUAAAACAAGUAAAACUGAGGUCUCUACAGAAAGAGGGUCACUGAUGAUGUCAUCCACUGAAUAGAAAUAAUGCAGUGAGUAGUACAGGAGAGCCAGUUGAUUUGUUCAUUGUGCUGAAUCUCAGGAAAACAAAAUCAUGUGUGUAUUGUAAGAGCAGUUUUAUAUUUUAUUGUACAUUAUUAUCAUUGAUACUGUAUUAGAUUUAGAGGAGAGUUGUUAUUGUACAUACCAAAUGUUUAACUAUAUGAUGGAUAUUUCUGUUGAUACAUUAUUUUGUUAUCACUCAAGCUGAAACUAGACUGAUACAACACUGUAUAUUUUUAGUGAUAUUCCUGAGUUCUGUCCUCAGCAAUUGAUAAAUUAGCUGAGCAUAAAAUGAAAAAGCCAAAGCCGUCAGUGAGAAUGGUGAAGAUAUAGCUGUAUGCUGACCUUCUCAUAAUCAUCAUCAUCAUCAUUUUGACACAGCUGUCAAGUUUAACUCUGCACACGCCUGCAAGCCUUGUCUGAACCUUGUAAACACAGCUAAGCUGGUCAGAUGCUAAGUACAACAGCAACAGUGUCUGGUUACUGAAGUUUGAC